AACAAUGAGUCCCAGGCUUCCCGCGCCCAGCUGCUUCAGUCUCGUGUCUGCGGCGGGAAGAUGGCAGGAAUCAUAGAUGUUCCGAAACCCAGAGUUAACUGCUCUAUGCUGCAGCAGCACAUUAAUAAAGCUGUGUGCUUCGUGGCCCGGGUUUCUAAGGUUCAUCCCUCCGGGAAGUCGUUCACGGCUUUGGAUGGAGAAGGAAAGACGGUGACCGUGGAGCUCAACGAGCCGCUGGAGGAGGAGCUGAGCGGCGUGGUGGAGGUCAUCGGGAUGGUGUCCAACAAAGGAGUCCUGAUGGCCGCCACGUACAACCUGCUGCGAGAAGACCGCGGCACCUCCUUUGAUUUGGAUCUGUACAACGAAGCCCUGAAGGUCAUUCAGGACUUCCCCCAGUACUACCCGUUUGAGGCUGCCGUCAGCGGCUGAGCCGAUCCUGCUGGAACUUUUCUGUAAAAUAUUGUUAAAUUAAAUUGUAGGUAAUAUCCAACAUAAUGUCACUGUUUUUGGAAAAACUUUAAACACAAUCCUUUCGUUCUGCAUUAUCUGUUUACUAAAGUUUUCUUUCUGUAAUUUC